CGUGGCUGCGGUAGUGGCCUGCGCUUCAUCCGUCACGUUUGGCGAUUCAUGGCAGCGGUUGCCAUGGACGUGCCGCGCACAAUGCUCCCACCAGGCUCGCAGGCUUAUCCUGCUUCUGUGCAAGGAAGCUACAUGCAGAGCGCUCCCGGCCAAAGCGCUCCCUGCCAAAGCAUGGCGCCAGUGACGCACGAGAUGGUUCCAACGAGGCAGCCGAUCACCUCCCACAGGCCCCAGGCCCUCCUGGACUCCGACCCGGCGGACGGGAUCGUCUCCGUGGCAUACAACCUUCAGAAGGAGAGCUUACAGAGAUCCGCGCACGAGACCCCUCGCCAGCCACCCUACAGUACAUCCACCGGGAGGCGGCCAUCCAAAGGGAGCGGCAGAUACAGAACGAGUGCCAUCCCGCCUCGGACUGCGAUGUUUGCGGCUGGAUCAUGGCCACCUCCGACCCUAACGGCUCCUAUGGAGGCCAGCAUCCGGACAAUGACUAUUCAGCUGACAGGAUGAACCUGCACUUCGACAACUUCAGGCUGGUCUUUCAGUGCGUGUCUGGCACUGCCCUGAUGCACUGGGCCUCUCAGGAGGACUUCAAGAUCGGCAUCUUCGGGGCACGCCGUGCUCCCCGCCCUCUGGCGUGGUGGGACUUGCGGAAAGCCUAUGAUGUGGUGGUGCAGCCAGGGGACCGCAACUUCGACAUUGCCGCGGGCCAGUUUACGGUCCUGAUGUAUGGUGGCAACCUGAGCUUUGCUGUGGAGAGUCACAGGACAUGCAUAUCUGGUACAAUGCGGUCCGAGGCGUUAUCCGGGAUGCUGCGUGGCACCAGGCCACGCGAGCCGACCGCCCGGAGCUGAAGAGGAAGCGCUGGCACUGCGCAGUUGGCCUCGCCUCUGCCUUGUUGGCGGACCGGCCCGUAGGCUCACGUGCGUUGGCUGUCGCCUUCCACUGCUUCGACACUGACAUGGACUGCAUCUUGCGGCUGGGGGAGGUGAUGUUGAUGAUCCUGGACCUCACCGCGGCCCUGCUCAACGCCGCCGGCCUUGCGGAAGGCGCCACCAUGGACCUGGCCAUGGCCUCCGCGGCCUCGCGGCUGCCGAGGGAUCUGCUCUUCGAGAAGGCCCUCGCCUUCCGCAGGCGCUGCGACCAGAGCAACGAUGGACGCAUUGGCAAGGACGGGUUUGUCGCGCACGGGCACGAAGCUUUGCUUGACGCCGCCGCCAGUGUUUGAGAAGGUUGAGAGUUGUGAGGCUGGCGAUUUGUGUCGCGCGAUUUAAUUUGAGGCGUCCAAUCUGCUGCCUGUCAGCUGGGGUCAUCCUACCGC